GAAAGAGGGGAGUCAGUGUUGCUCUCCUCCAUUCCUCAGCUGAGAACCGCUUGUGACGGACCGUCUCGGGCUCUGUCCUCCCCCGCUGAACUGCUCUCCUCACCGGCUACGAAGAUGCAGCGGCACCGUCCUGUCGGGACUAUGACGUUGUAUUUUCCGGCGCUUUUUUGGAUUCUCAGUCACGUCCACGGCGCGCACGGAGCUUUGCCAACAACCCCAAAGUGUGACGAGCCACUAGCGUCUCCUCUGCCUCACACUGCGUUCACCAGCUCGUCUGUCUUCUCCAAUGGAUACGCACCCGGUUACGCCAAACUCAACCGCCGUGGAGGCGCUGGCGGAUGGUCUCCCUUGGACAGCGACCACUACCAGUGGCUCCAGGUGGACCUAGGAUCCAGGAAGCAAAUCAGUGCCAUAGCAACCCAGGGUCGCUACAGCAGCUCAGACUGGACCACGAGAUACCGCCUUCUCUACAGCGACACCGGGAGAAACUGGAAGCCAUACCACCAAGAUGGCAACAUUUGGGCAUUCUUCGGUAACUCAAAUUCUGAGAGUGCAGUUCGCCACGAGCUGCAGCAGGGAAUUGUGUCCCGAUUCCUGCGGCUGGUCCCCUUGGAAUGGAGCGAAGAAGGGCGGAUUGGACUGCGAAUAGAAGUCUAUGGCUGUUCAUACUGGUCGGAUGUGAUCAACUUUGAUGGACAAGGAGUGAUCUCAUAUCGUUUUAAGGUUAAGAAGAUGAAGAUCAUUAAAGAUGUGAUCGCGCUGAGGUUCAAGACUUCAGACAGCGAGGGAGUGAUUCUCCACGGGGAAGGACAGCAGGGAGACUACAUCACCCUGGAACUGAGAAAGGCCAAACUGCUGCUGCAGAUUAAUUUGGGAAGCAACCAGUACGGAUCCAUUUUGGGCCACACCUCCGUCACCACCGGCAGCCUCCUGGACGAUAACCACUGGCACACUGUGGUGAUCGAGCGCUACAGACGCAACGUGAACUUCACUUUGGAUCGGCACACGCAACACUUCAGAACCAACGGGGAGUUUGAUCACCUGGACUUGGACUAUGAGUUGAGUUUUGGUGGGAUGCCUUACAGCGGGAAGCCAGUGGGAGGAAGCAGGAAGAACUUUAAAGGCUGCAUGGAGAGCAUCAACUACAACGGAGACAACAUCACUGACCUGGCCAGGAGGAAGAAGCUUGACACAUCGAGCUUUCGCAACCUUUCCUUCUCAUGCGUGGAGUCGCAUUCUUUCCCAGUCUUUUUCAAUGCCACCAGCUUCCUGCAGCUGCCCGGUCGAACCAAUCACAACUCGGUGUCUGUCGGCUUCCAGUUCCGUACGUGGAACACAGACGGACUGCUGCUCUUCAGCAAUCUGGACGACGGUACUUUGGAAAUAUCACUGGAGGACGGCAAGAUACUGGUUCACAUUAAUGUGACGAAGGCAUCCAAAAACCUCCGGUCCGACCUAUCGUCAGGUCCAGGCUUGAACGACGGCCAGUGGCAUUCAGUGCGACUGGUGGCGAAGGAGAACUUUGCAAUGUUGACGGUAGAUGAUGAUGAGGGAUCUGCUGUUCGCUCCAACUCACCCAUAUCCAUCACCACAGGAGGAACUUAUCACCUUGGAGGUUAUUUUCUUCAAACGUUGUUCCCGCCCUCCCAGCGCUCAUUCCAGGGAUGCAUGCAAGCCAUCCUCAUCGAUGACCAGCCCGCCGACCUGCAAGCUGUCGAAAAAGAUGGUGUCGGUGUGUUUGAGAACGUCAGCUUGGACAUGUGUGCCAUCAUCGAUAGGUGUAUGCCGAACCACUGCGAACACGGAGGUCGCUGCAGACAGACAUGGGACAGUUUCACCUGCACUUGUGAUGGGACUGGGUACACCGGUGCAACCUGCCACACAUCCAUCUAUGAGCAAUCAUGUGAGGCCUACAAGCACUUGGGCAAGUCAUCUGACAUUUACUGGAUUGAUCCUGAUGGCAGUGGACCACUUGGCCCUUUAAAAGUCAACUGCAACAUGACAGUGGACAAAGUCUGGACCAUAGUCACAAACAACCUGCCACCUAAAACAACUGUAACAGGAUCCAGCAGAGAGAGGCGGACCAUUCUCCAGGUCAACUACAGCGCCUCAGUGGACCAGGUGACAGCCAUCACCACCAGCGCAGAAUACUGUGAGCAGCAAAUCGUCUACAGCUGUCGCAUGUCCAGACUACUCAACACCCCAGAUGGGACCCCCUACACGUGGUGGGUUGGCAGGGGCAGUGAGAAGCACUUCUACUGGGGAGGCUCAGGCCCCGGCAUCCAGAAAUGUGCCUGUGGCAUUGACAGGAACUGCACUGAUCCGAAAUAUGACUGCAACUGCGAUGCCGACCAGAGCCAGUGGAGGGAAGACGCGGGUCUACUCGUUUAUAAGGAGCAUUUGCCGGUCAGCCAGGUUGCAGUGGGAGACACCAACAGAGCGGGCUCUGAGGCCAAACUGACAGUUGGGCCUCUGCGCUGUCAGGGAGACAAUGACUUCUGGAACGCCGCUUCUUUCACCACUCCAUCGUCGUACCUGCACUUUGCCACCUUCCAGGGAGAAACCAGCGCCGAUAUCUCCUUCUAUUUCAAGACCAGCGCACCAUACGGCGUCUUUAUGGAAAACCUGGGAAACACAGACUUCAUUCGUCUGGAGCUCAAAUCUCCAAAGGUGGUCUCUUUUUCCUUUGAUGUUGGGAACGGACCAGUGGAGUUAACAGUGGAGUCAGCGACUCCUCUCAACGAUGACCAGUGGCACAGAGUGAUGGCUGAGCGGAACGUCAAAGAGGCCGUCCUCCAGCUGGAUCAGACCUAUCAGGCGUCUCGUCUGGCUCCUGCACAAGGGCACACUCGGCUGGAGCUGUUCAGCCAGCUCUAUGUGGGGAAACCAGCAUCGCUCACCUGCCAAGACAGUGCGGCAGGCGGCCAGAGGGGAUUCCUGGGCUGCAUCCGAGCCCUCAGGAUGAAUGGUAUAACCCUGGACCUGGAGGAGAGGGCCAAGGUCACACCGGGAGUAAAGCCGGGUUGUCAGGGCCACUGCACCAGCUACGGGAUGUACUGCAGGAAUGGAGGAAAGUGUGUGGAGAAGUACAACGGAUACUUGUGUGACUGCUCCCACACGGCCUACGAUGGUCCCUUCUGCACUCGUGAAGUCGGAGGCUUCUUCGAAGCAGGAACGUUGGUGAAGUACAACUUUGUGACAGAAGGACAAGCAGCAGGUGCUACCAAAGAUCCAAACAUCCAGAUGCACCAGCUGACGCCACGAGAAGUCAAUUUAACCAAGGAGGAAGUGGCGUUUAGUUUCAGUACGUCAAGCGCUCCGGCUAUCCUGAUGUACGUGAGUUCCAGGACGCAGGACUAUAUGGCAGUGGUACUGAGACAUAAUGGUUCUCUGCAGGUGCGCUAUAACUUGGGAGGCCUGAAAGAACCAUUCUCCAUCGAUGUGGACCAGAGGAACCUGGCCAACGGUCAGCCACACAGCAUUAAUAUGUCUCGUGUUGACAGGAGCAUCAGCAUCCAGCUGGAUCAUUAUCCUCCGGCCACCUACUUCCUCCCUGAUGCCUCCGACACAAAGUUCAACCUGGUUAAGACUGUGUUUUUGGGGAAAGUAUUUGAAACGGGACACAUAGAUCCUGUGCUGAUAGAUCGCUAUAACUUUCCUGGUUUCAUCGGCUGCCUGUCCCGGGUGGAGUUCAACGGAAUUGCCCCCCUCAAGGCCGCGCUGCGAAACAAGACUCAGAAACUAACAGCGGGCGAGACAGAAACACAUUCGGCCGCAUCCUCACCAGUGUCCUUCCAGGGUAAACUGGUGCAUUCCAACUGUGGGUCGUCGCCUCUCACCAUUCCUCCAAUGUCGGCUGCUACAGACCCUUGGCGUCUGGACAACGCAGAUGCAGAGUUUCCCUUCAACGAGGAGCGCGUCAUUCCUGAUGGAGUCAACAGAGACUCAGCCAUUAUUGGGGGGAUCAUCGCCGUGGUGAUCUUCACCAUCUUGUGUACUCUGGUGUUCCUGAUUCGCUACAUGUUCCGUCACAAAGGCACGUACCACACAAAUGAGGCUAAAGGUCAGGGGGAGUCCGCUGCAGAGUCAGCGGACACGGCCAUCAUCGGUGCAGAAAACCCAGAAACCAUCGAGGAAUCAAAGAAGGAGUGGUUCAUCUAGGAGCCGGCACCUUGACUUCAGACACGAAAUUGAUCUUCAGGUCACGAGUUGCCACAGCGCCAGGGAUGUUUUAAUAUAAAGACCAGCCAGAGGAGGAACCUGGAAAGGUCAUGGAACUGGACAAUGAUUUCCUUGAGAAGUCAAAGACAUGUACAUUGUUCUUUAUUAUAUAAGUUUGUUUUGAUUUUUAUAUAUAUCCAGAGAAGAGAGGAUGGACUGAAAAUGUAUAUACUGACGGGCUUGUCCUUCUUUGUUGUGGAAGGUCUCAGCCGUUUGCAGAAGUUUAUGAGUAAUUAUAUUACUGGGUAGCUCAGACUCCACCCAACAGUCUGUUGUGCUUCAUUUGAUUUUUGUAACAAAACUCUAAUGUCAAAAAUGAUCAGAUCAUUACGCCAAACUGGUUUAAUCUAUUGUUAAUAUUGUGUUUGCAUCAUGUCGCUGCAUCCAUGCAGGAAGUGGAACCUGAUGUCCAGAGUUUAUUUGUAAAUAUAUUUUCUGUUGUUUUUUUUUUUCCUUCCCAAAGAUUUUUGUUCAGAUGAUGAAAAAAAUAUUGAUCCGUCACAGAUCUAUAUCGCCCUGAUACAUGUAUGAAAGUUUUAUGUUGAGCUAUCACGGUGUUUUGAGAGGUUUGAUAUCACUAGAAAUGAUUGUUGUUGAAAUCUCAUGGCAGCUUUUUUUCUUGGCUUGAAUCAGGUUUGCAUAAAAGUAUUAAUAUAUUUGCCAAACACAUGAGUCUUAAAUCAUCCUGUAAAUCAACUUGAGGGCUUGUGUGUGGGCACUGAUACAGACUAGGUUUUAUGAGACAUUCAGAUUAAAUCAUGACGUGCAGCAAGGCAUUGGAAAAGUUUAACCUGUACUGAGGAACAAUAAUAUUUGGUUGCUGUGCCUUCUUGUCUCUUCUUACUUAAACAGAAUUGUGUGAAGAAUUGAUCUGCUUGUGCAACAGUGCAGGAGUCAAGCAAUUGUUUCCCUUUUCCACUCGAACAAAGUCUUGUUUACAGGGCUUGUGCAGCAACAUUUAGUGUCAAAAUUUCAACGGAGGUCAAAACAAUCACCCAAAGAAGCAUUCUGAAGUCUCGUAUCAGGUGUCUGUACGAGACUGAAGUAAAGAAGUGGAUCAUCAGGAAUUCAUUUUACAGUCCAUUUCUCUUUCGAUGGGGAUCAACGUUCUAUUAGCAUAUUAAAGCUUAACUUUCAAAGCCUCUGCAGCCACUUCUGACACAAAACCCCGAACGUUCUCCAGAGAAUUUCCAGCUGACUAUCAUGAAAAGCAGAUCCAGAGAGUGACAGUACUUUUGACUUUUAUGAAAGAGGACAAAUCGAAGUGCAGAAUGUGGGUCAUCACGCACCUGGAAGCUGGUUCUGUCCUAAGUAUUGAGUUCUUAUAUGAGCUAGCUUUUACAUUUCAGCAUUGUCAACUGAGUCAGCCGUUCCAAGUGCUGCUGUUGAAUGAACACAGAAACCUAACCUUGCGGUGCUAGCUAAUCAAAUGCCUGAAGAGAGAAGCCAGUCUACCCCCCUUCUACGCCCCUCCUUCGGCCACCUACUCGAACUUUACUGACAGACAGCGAAACCUAAUAUGACACCAGUAUGCGAAAUAGUGAAAGGAAAACGAGGAUGCCUGGUCAGCCCAUAUCUUACUGUAUCAUAUCUACUGGUUGUUUCCUCUUGCAUCAAAGAUCUUAUCCUCCAGGUAGCUAUCAUUUUGAUGGUGGGAAACAGUUAAUGUUGAUGGUGUCACAUGUGAAUUUUGCCUUCGUGUUUGUCAACGAACGAAUGCCGUAAAACAUGACUUUUUCCCCAACGAGACGCCUGAUCAAGUCAUGAUCUAACAAACCUGUUCCUUCAUGGCCUCUUGGUGCCAUAUUUAGUGUGAGAGUGGAGAGCAGAUGGUACAAUCUUGUGCCUUGUGUCUUUACAUCACAAACAAAAACAUCAGUCACCAGUGAUGCUGCUCUCACUGAACCCAAACACUACGCUGAACAGAACCACAAUAGUCGUCUGGUGAGCCUCUAAAGGUCAGACAGUUCUCUUUUUAAGGCUGUAUGUUGACUGUUGAGAGGAUUAUUAUGACUGUAAAUAUGACUCUCCUGGAGAGUCGAUCUAUUGUAGCAUCUGGGUUUGCACUCUGUCUGAGAUGAGGUUUCCCCACAGUCUGGCUGCUGUUCUGUGAUCUUAAGUUUGAUUUGCUCCUGAAAUGUUUCACAAUAAUCCAACCGUCAUCGACCUCCGCCAUCCUACCACCGGUGUCAUUGCUGUUCAUUUGAACAAGGCUGUUUCAGGACAGGAUCAUUUCAGCUGCUAAAUGUUCUGUUCUAACAUGAAUUUGCUUGUUUCCUCGUAUGUGUGGUCGGACGCUUACACGGCAGCCUUUAUAACAUGUAUAAGCUCUGUGAAGAAAAGUCUUGACUGGACUGUAUUUUCCAUUUUCUAACUGUAUUGCUUAAAACUCAAGCAAAAGUACUCUAUCAGCCCUCAAUGUGGUUUAACUUUUGGUGUUGGAAUUAUUAACUGAGUUACCAUAAUCCAAUUGUUUUUGCGUUCAGUUCAAUUGAGUCCAAUAAACUA